AUGAUAUUAAGCCAUGUUUUUACAGAUCAUAAUAAAAAUGAAGUCCAUAAUUGCUUGCGUAUUUUAUCUGUAUUUUCUCCACAACAUAACUGGAAAAAUCAUAAGGAUAUUUAUGAUUAUUGUGUCGAUUAUGAUAAAAUUAUUGAAUUAGCUGAUCCUAGUUCUGAACAAUGCAAGAUAUAUGAAGAAUACAUCCAAGAAAAGUCUCGACAAUAUAAACAAUUUGAGAGAUAUAUUAAUGUAUAUGAGAAGGGAAAUGUUUUUUACAAUAACUGUAAAGGUUACGAGACGAUAAAAACGAUACCUGAAUUAAAAUGUGAAAAAAAAAAUUUAGCACAAGAAAAGUCAAAAGAACAUUUAUCUGGUCCUGGUUUAUUAGAUACUACAGAUUUUUCUGGUAAAAGUUCUAAUUCUACAAAAAUCAUUGACAAUGUGCUCCUAGGAGUGGUUGCAACUUCGAUGAUAUCUGGCUUAUUAUAUAAAGUAAAUAAAAUUUCAAUAAAAACACAACUGUAUAAUCCUUUUUAUAAAUUUAUUUGCUAUACUCUUCAAUAG